AUAUUUAAAUUAAAAGAGUGAUUAAAUCAAACUGUUAUUGGCUUAAGACAAUAGAAUUAUGCAUCCUUGAUACUUAAUAAAUAUUAAAAUAUCGGGAAACAAAACAACAUGACAAAGAAACCAAAUUCUUUAUUGUUUCAUACAAAACAGAACAAAAAAAUUCUUCUUGCUAAAAAAAAAAUUCUUAACUGACAUUCCCGAAUUUGCCUUAGUGAUCUUCUUUAAAUGCCCUGUUAUUAAGGAACGGUUUGAACCAUUUAAAGUUUGUUAAAUAUAAUUUUAAAAAAACAUGUUUAAGGAAACCAACUUUUUGAUUGUUUAAUACCUGACAAAAUAAAAUAUUUUUUCCUAAUAAGACAAAAAAUCUUAAGUGAUGUUGCCAAAUUUGCUCUACUGAACUUUUUCAAAAACCCUAUCAUUAAGGAGUGUUCUAAAUAGAGGAAAAAAAUGUUCUUGAUCAUUUAAUUCCAACACCCUCCCCCCUUCCGCAAAGUUCCGUUAGAGAUGAAAGUCCGCAGUAAAAACAUCCCUCACAAAACAUCGUUUUCUCCCACUAAAAGAUCGUCUGCCUGCCGUAUCCUCACUGGUAGACUAGCCGAUGCACGCUACAGAGGAAAAAUCACCUGCGGAAAAAAAAUCAAAACAAAAGCAAAAAAAAGACCCGCUCGCGAGCGAUCCGUCCGAUCUUACCGAGAAGCAACAGGUGAAAGUGAAGAGAGCGCACCACCACAAUACUCAGAUGAUAAUAAAAUGAAUAAAAAAAGGACACAACAAUAUAAUCAACAAAAUAGAAUUUAGUUCCGUUGAGCGCGUUGUGUGACGUCACGGAAACCUUGAAGACUACUUUUUAGUGUCAGGUAAAUCUCUUAAGAGCGGCAAACGUGAUUCUGGUUUUGAUUCGAACAGUUCUUGAAUCCUCCAUCCCUUUAACUUAUCCUUUCUUCAUCUUUAUCCCCAUUCCCCGAAUGAUCUUAGGAUAGAGGGACUUUUGUGUUCGAAGAAAAUGGAUUAUAGGGGGAUUCGACUAGUGAUUGAAUGAUUAAGAUCGAUAAUUUUUUAAAUUGUUUUUAUUGAUUGGUUGUGGAGGGACUUGGAAAAAAUUUUAAGGAGAGUGAAACUUAUUGUUUGGAGUGAAACAUUUCAUCCUUGGAUUAAUUUACUUGUGAUUUGUAUGGCUCCUUUAGAUAUGAUGAACCAGUUGUGUAAAGUUUGCGGUGAACCAGCCGCGGGGUAUCAUUUUGGCGCUUUCACGUGCGAAGGUUGUAAGUCAUUUUUCGGACGCACAUACAAUAAUCUAGCUGCAUUGGGAGAGUGUAAAAACAGUGGACAAUGUGUCAUCAACAAGAAAAAUAGAACAUCUUGUAAAAGCUGUAGGCUAAAAAAAUGCCUACUCGUAGGAAUGUCUAAAAGUGGAUCACGUUAUGGCCGUCGAUCAAAUUGGUUUAAGAUUCAUUGCCUCAUUCAAGACCAGGCAGAAAUGUCCAGUAGGUUAUCUGAUCAAGGAGUACUAUCCAAUAAUCACUAUGAUUCCAAAGAAAUGGUUCACCAUUUCCGCUCUGAGUUUAGUGAUGUUGCUCUACCAACCAACGGUCACUCUAACAGAGGAUCACCGUCAUCUGAUCCAGGAACUAUGGACACAACUACAAGUCCCGUUUCUUAUAACUAUUUCCCUUCAAAAAGUUCUUCGAACGGUUAUUCCAAUGGGUAUUAUGACACAAGCAGUCCAUCUUAUGAGAGGAAAGAAAAUGUUGCUCUUCAUCAUCAUCACCUGCCCUUGUCUCCGGUGUCUCCACUUCAUCCAAGCAAAUUCUUCUUCCAUUCAGCUAAUAGUAGUUUCUUUGCUAAAAACUUCAGCUCUUUGCCUAAAGUGUUUAGUCCAGAGAUGAACUACUCUCCUCCUCAUAGACUACUAGGUGUGCCAAGUAGUAUUUUGACAAAUCCAGCUCUAACAACAGCAAGAGAUGGACCUUUGAUAAAUACAGAAUGUUUCAGAGACGUUCCUGUACAAGACACACCGAUAGAUUUGUCUGUCAAAAAACCAGAAACACCUAAUUCCGAUGCUACUGUAGAUGGUAUGAAUGGUAAUGAUGAAGAUGAGUAUAUUAACAUGGACGAUAAUGAUGAUAAUGAUAAUGCCCCAACCAGAGCCGAAACUCCUUUAGAUUUGACUGCUAAAAGAGCUGUAUCUUGUUAAAUUUCUGUUACUUAAAUGAUAAGAUAUUUUUAUCAUUGUGUUUCUAAAACGUUGUUGUUAUUGUUGUGUUUUAAAGUAAUUCUUCUUAAAAAAUACUUUUUUUUUUUUUUUACAUUUCAUCGUGCGAGGUGCUACAGUCAAGUGUGGACAAUCAUAAACUUCAUCAGGCUUUGACGAUUAGCUUCGUCUGUCAGAUACAGUAUUAAAAUUAUCUGAGAUUUUUUUUACCAGCUCCAUCCACGUGGCCAGUUCUGAUGUGAUUAGAUUUCAUCUAACUUAUCUGUUAUCUUAUCACCUAAAUAAGGUGAUCUUAAAAUGCGAUGUGCCUAACUAAGUCAUAAAAUGUUUGUGAUUGAAUCUGAACAAUUUUGUAGAUAUAUGAACUAUAUGCAAAGGACUUAUUUGUAAUAAAGUGGUAUUAUGCAUGUAAAACCCACCUUGUACAGUAACCUGUUGAACACAAUGUGUUCAACAAUAUUUACAAUGGAGCACAUACUUACUUUUAUUAUAUUCGCAUGCUUACUAUGUAAACAAUCAUUUGUUUACUAUUACGCAUACCAAUAUAAUGAAAUAUUUGUUCCAAGCAAAUAAUGCUUUGUUACAUUUUUGUUUAUCAACUACCAUCGUACUUAUGCCAUAUGAAAACUUGUUUUAUUAUUAUUAUUAUUAUAGAUACUAUAAGUGAAACCUACCUCCGUAUUUUAGUGUUUUUGUUGAUUUGUUUAAUUCAUUUUUGGUUCACUUUUGUUUCUCCUUCCUAACGAAAAAUUAUUGUGUCAGGUAAAAUUAGUCAUGUUAACUAAAUUAGUACCAUUUCAUGUUAAUUAAAUUAGUACCAUUUCGUGUUAAUUAAAUUAGUAACUAGUACUUGAAAAA